AGAAGGUUGAAUGGCGCCGAGGACCGCUGCUGUGAGGCUGAGUGAAGUGGCUGAGAGAGGACUAGCCUGAGCAUCCGGGAGGGCUUUGUUAUUACCCCGACAUAUUACACAGUUUCCACAUUGUUUGGUCAUCGGCAGUUGGUGCCUCCUCCUCCUCCUUUCCUUCUCCUCGUUCCUCUUCCUCCCCUCCUUCCAUCCACCUGGCCACUCAUCCGCCAUGUCACAGGGUCAGAACUUCCUCCCCAAAUUCCUGUUUGUCUCCAAUCUGCUGAAGGCCGUGAAGAUCCGUCAGCGAGCUGCCAGCGGCGGCCUGAUGCACCACCUGCGGGGUAUGCACCGUUACACUCUGGAGAUGAUCGCCAUGAACCACUUCCCGCAGGCCUUCAGGGAGGUGGUGCAGGCCGCCAUCUUGGACCGAGCCAUGCAGGCCUCAUUGGAGCAGGAGAAGAAGCUCAACUGGUGUCGGGAGGUGAAGAAAAUGGUGCCCUUACGUACCAAUGGAGAUGGGAACUGUUUGCUCCAUGCGGCCUCUCAGUACAUGCUGGGAGUCCAGGACACAGACCUGGUGCUUCGGAAAGCCCUCCAUGGCGUUUUGAAAGAGACAGACACUGGCGUCUUCAAAGCUCGCUUCCAGGCAGAGUUGCUCCAGUCCCAGGAGUUCACCCAGACCGGGCUUCGAUACACCACCAUGAACUGGGAGGAGGAGUGGGAAAAGAUUGUGAAAAUGGCAUCUCCGGUCUCCAGUAGCAACGGCCUCCAGUUUGACUCCCUGGAGGACAUUCACAUCUUCAUCCUCUCCAAUAUCCUCCGCAGACCCAUCAUCGUCAUCGCAGACCAGGUGGUCAGGAGUAUGAAAUCUGGCUCCUCCAUCUCUCCUCUGAACGUUGGUGGGAUUUAUCUGCCGCUACACUGGCCGCCCACAGAGUGCUACAAAUACCCAAUAGUUCUCGGCUACGACUCCCAGCACUUUGCACCCCUCAUCACUAUCAAAGACAGUGGCCCAGAGAUCCGAGCGGUACCUUUGAUCAACCCAGGCCGAGGGGGCUUUGAGGAGCUGAAGGUUCACUUCCUGAUGGAGAAAGAACAGCAGCAGAAAGACAGGCUUCUCAAAGACUACCUGUUGCUGAUAGAGAUCCCCGUCAUAGGCUUGGGCUAUGACGCCACACGGAUCAUUAAUGCUGCACGCCUGGAUGAGGGAAAUCUACCUGAAGACAUGAACCUGAUGGAGGACUACCUGCAGCUUGUCAAUCAUGAGUACCAGCGCUGGCAGGAGGACAAAGAGCAGGCAUGGGCUGCACAGCCUCAACGCCCACCACCCUUCUCUGUCUCCCAGCUCUCUCUCAUCGAGAUACGCUGUGCCACACCACGAUGCACCUUUUAUGUCUCUGUGGACACACAGCCUCAUUGCCAUGAGUGCUUUGAGAAGCGACAGGCCACUACUGGUGGAGGAGCAAGGAUAGAAGGGGUGGUACAGACCAAGGGAGGAGGGGUACAAGGUGGGGUAGGUGUGACAGGGGCGUCAGAGACUGAGGUGAGCUCCAGAGGAGCUCGAAGCAGCAGCCCCCCAUCCUCCUCAUCUGGGAGAGGGAUGGUGUUAUCCAGCCCCCGAUCAGCCCCACCCACCGCUCCCAGCCUCAGCCUGUACAGUGAAACCCACGCCAUGAAGUGCAAGACACCCGGCUGCCUCUUCACUCUUAGUGUGGAGCAUGAUGGACUUUGUGAGCGCUGCUUCAAUGCCAGGCAGAACCAUGGACCCCCUGGGACAGGAACAGCUGCUACAGGACUCCCAGGCCCCAAUGGGGGGCCUGUAGCCCCCCACCCGGCCCAGGGUUCUGGCUGGACCCAGUGGGGGGGCUGCGAGACAGAGACAGAGCGCUGCAGCAUGUGCAGACAAGAGGCAUUCAGGAUAUUCAAUGGCCUGUGUCCACCCUGCAUGCAGAGACAGCAGGCUCCAGAAAGGGGAGAGCCACAGCAGAACAACCCCAGAACUGAGGCCUCAUCUUCAGCUUGGACCCAGGCCAGGGACGCCGAACAGCCAUGCCUCACCCUAACCCCAGGGCACACCUCAGCCUGGCAGGCCCCUCUGGCCCGGCCUUGUAAGAGAUCUGGCUGCCAGUUCUUUGGGACGCCAGAGAAAUUGGGUUUCUGCACUAUUUGCUACGUAGACUAUCAGACCAACCACCACCUGACCCCACCCCCUGCCCCGGUCCAGAGCCGGCAUGGUUUGGAAGCAGGUUUCCAGAAUGCCUCACGGUGUCGUGGGCCUGGAUGCGGUGCGGUUGGCAAGGCAAUGCUAGAGGGCUACUGCGACAAGUGCUAUGUCAAAGAGCAAAGUGCACGGCUCAACCAAGUGGCACAUCGAACACCACACUCCCCUCCUCUAGUCAUGCGAGACCGAGCAGCCAAACCCAGAUCAUCGCAGCAAUCUCAGACCCAGACCCAGACUCAGACUCAGUGCCGGCGGAGUGGCUGCAGUAAUGUGUCCCCAGGUUGCACAGAUCUCUGCCCAGAGUGUCACACGCGUGGCCAGGGCAGAGAGGCGGGCAGGCGGGCGCAGGCGCCCAAGGAAAAGUCCAAGCAGCGGUGCCGGACGCAGGGCUGUGACCACUACGCCAACCAAGAGAAACAGGGCUACUGCAAUGAGUGUGACCACUUUAAACAGAUUUACCGCGGCUGACCACAUACAUACCCACGCACACAACAACCACGAUGACACAUUGCUAGCAUGCUAGAGCCACUGCCCUACUGUGGGCACCCCAUGCCAGUCAAUGCACCUCUGAUACUAACUAACCAACUAACUAACUAACUAACUAGCUAGUGACUAACUAGUAACCUUAUGGCCUGAAAAUCAAACCCCCCAUGUAGAAUGUGAAGAGAGUGUGUGUGUACAUGGGGGGAGUGAGUGAAUGUGUAAGAGUGUGUGUGUGUGUGUGUGUGUGUGUGUGUGUGUAUGUGUGUGCGCGAGUUUGUGUGUUUGCAGUAGACAUGGCCUCCAGAAUACCUUUUUGUGCAAUUAUUAUCAUCUGAUGUGCCCUGUGCACUUACAUGGUGAGAGGUUUGGCUACGUGUCAGACCAACUGACCUAACUCUUGUGUACAAUAUGUAUUUAGAGGUACGUAGUGAAUCGUGCCGGACAAAAUGAUUGUAUGUUGACAUAACGAGAAGCAUCUGGCAUUGCUUUCUAGACCACAGCCAAGGAUUUAUAGCUCCCGUCUGUCUGUCUGUCUUAAUCCAUCUGUGUAUCUGUCUGCCUGUCUGUCCAGCAUUUGCUCUGUAGAGUGAGGGGUGCAGUAGCUGGGGAAGUCCAGCAACAAAUCUGUGGAAGUAAUAAGCAGAAGUGAGCCAAACUAGGCCAAAGCAAAGCAAAGAAAAUGUUUGAAAUGAAAUCACCAGUGUUUAGCUUAGUUCUCCAAAGUCACUACUUUAUGUCCUCCCAAAAUAGACAAUGAUUUGCCAAAUGAGGCUCUUGCAAUCAAUAUUGUAAAGUUAUCAAGAAUUGAUUUUCUUUCAUUAGUCAGUUGGUAUAAGUGUUAGUUUAUAUUUUCAGGCAUAUUAACUUUAGUAUUGUUACGUAUCUGUUGUAUGAAGUUAACAUUGUGAAUUGCUUGUUACGGAAAGCAAGAACAGACCAUGUGUCUGAACAGUGCAAGACAGACAGGGCAGGCCCCUGCUAGUUUUGGUGCUACAUGUACAGAAAUACAAGCCUCUCCAUUGUAGCCAACAUGCUGGCGGUGUCAGCGGACAGAUGGCAGAGAACACAGUAGAGACAGGACUCAUUUGCUUUCUGUUCCUCCUUUCCUUCCUCUUAUUUCCCAUCUUCGUCUCUGUUGCCUUGGACAUUGUUUUCCUGUUUACUAACCACUUAAGCACCUAGAGACGCAUAAACAAAUGUGCACACCUACCUACACAUGCACACGCAAAUGUAGUAGCUCCUGUCAAGGGGGAUGGCAACUAUAUAGAGAACUGAGAGCAUAGUAAUGCUUGAUGCCUGGGUGAUUAUUCACCUUACCAAUCACAUAAAUGCACGCUCAAGCAAACAGCUCUGUGAGAUUGUAUGUGCCCCACCCAGCCUGAGGUGAUGUGAGCGUAGACCCAUAGAGGAAUGAAUUCCUCUGUGCUCCACCCCACUGGAUGUGUGAAGGCGACAGUUUCAAAUCUUCAGAGAGCAACCCUAUUGCCUGCUUUGUCUAAUCUUGUUUAUUUGAAUGUUUUGUGUGCUGCUGCUACAACAGCACAGUAUUGGGGCUGAUCCUCGAUAAGUUUUGCCUUUAAGUAGUGAUUAAAAUUUUAUGGACCAGAGGGGCCUGAUCAGUGAUUCUGUAUCUGUGCUCCCACCUAUAAAAUGCUUUUGUGAAUAUGGAUCUUGAUCCAUAUUGUAGGACCUUCUAAUCUGAUGCCUCAUCUCCAACACACAUACUCACACAUACAGUACAUAUGGACACAUAGCACACUCGUGUGUGCGUCUGGGAUACGCAAAACUGACAUUCCUGUUUUUUUUGGUUUUUUUUACGUUUGUUUUGGGAUUUUUUAAAUGCAUUUUGAUAUAUUUGGGUUUGUUUCUGCCAAAAAGAAUACAUGUGCCAUUAAUCACCAAACAGUUGUUGUUACCUCCUCAAAAAUGGCCAGCCUGGACCAUUCUUAUCUAGCGUGCCACAGAUAGACAUCUCCAAUUCUUUAUAGCCACAGACUACACCUCAACCUCGCUCAAAUCCCCAAAUGGGCAACAUCUUUUCAUGACCAUCUAAGAAAUAUUUACCUACAAGAGAUAACCUCAAGUGUAAAACAUUUAGCAAACUAACUCAAAUGUGAUACUAACUGGAACAGUUAUUGCCCUCAUACUUCUGCAGAAGAACUUCACUGCAGUAAGCAGAUGUCCAUCUCUGGCUCUGGCUAGAAAAACAUAGACAAACAGGCUCUCGGUCUGCCUUUUCGUUCAACUGUAUCUAAAGCUGUCAGGCCAGCCCAUGUGUUGACGGCCUGUACAUAGGUCUCUGUGUGCUUUAAUCACCUCUAGACAAACCUUAAUCAAUUAAAGGCCAAUUAGUGGUCACCUCAUCGGGACCCCUCAACAAGGUUACGGGGCUCUGAUUGAGUCUGACUGGGAGAAGAUCACAUAAGUUGCACAUGACUUGUCUAAGCUGCUGAGGCAUUUAGGAAUGGUACUCUGACUUGCUUAGGGACAUUCCAACAGAAGAGCAUCCGCUUAAGAACAGAAGGUGUAACAAAACAUGCAAACAGAGUGGAAGUACCUUUGUGUGACCUUUCGAGAAUAUGGUAUUGUAUGAAAAAAGCCUGGGUUUAUUUGUUAAGUAUUUAUUCAUAUCAAGAUAUCUGUAUUGUGUGAUUCAAUAAUUAUUUAUAUGUUGUCCUGAAAUGAAUUAUUUUUAUUAAGAAAUCUGUCUAAUGUGCUUCUUGUUUCAUCAGUUACUGUGUGUGUGAGAGAGAUUGGUGGAGACUGUGAGAAAAUGUGUUUGCUCUAUCACAGAAUAUGCACACGUCACAACCGUGUGAGCUACCCUACAAGCACUUCCACAUGCAGUAUGCUUGUGUGUGCUCCCGGAGAUUUUAACAUUGCACUCUUUUUGCAGCAUUGCCUCUGUCUGCUACACUGUAUUGCCUAAUACUUUUUCUGCUAAAAAGCAGUUGCUCACUAUUGGCACCAAAUCCAUCUCCAGUGUUGCAAGUACAUUGAGCGCUUCAAAAGCUAUCAGAUGACUGAUCACGGAGGCCUGGUUUAGAUGUGGCAGGGUGCACCAUUU